GAAAAAAUCGUAAAAGAGGAGAGAGAGGAAGAUCGGAGACGACGGUGAUGACGAUGGACAGAGAGAAGGAGAGAGAACUUGAGCUCGAGAGUGCAAUGUACACAAACUGCUUGCUAUUAGGUUUGGAUCCGAACGUGAUCGGACUCGGAGCCUCCAACGGCACGCCUCGGGUCGGGUUAUUCCGCCAUUCAAACCCGAAGCUCGGAGAACAGCUUCUCUACUUCAUCCUCUCCUCUCUCCGAGGACCCGCUCAGUCUGCAAAGGAUUUCGAUAAGGUCUGGCCAAUUUUCGAUUCGGCUCAAUCUCGCGAUUUUCGCAAGGUUGUUCAAGGGAUUAUUAGCGAGCUUGAAUCACAAGGGGCAUUACCAAGGAGUAACUCGAGGGUUUCAUCACUGGCCACUUGCUGCGGACCAAGAUUUGUAGAGCUCUUAUGGCAACUUUCAUUGCAUGCACUUAGAGAAGUUCAUAGACGGACAUUUCCUGCCGAUGUGGCUUCCAAUCCGCUGCCUUCUUCUCUAACAGACGUAUCCUUCUCACAUGCAGCUACUUUGCUUCCUGUAACCAAGGCCCGGAUAGUGCUUGAGCGCCGACGAUUUCUUAAAAACGCAGAAACUGCGGUACAAAGACAGGCCAUGUGGUCUAAUUUAGCCCAUGAGAUGACUGCAGAGUUCCGUGGUCUCUGUGCUGAAGAGGCAUACCUGCAGCAGGAACUAGAAAAACUUAACGAUUUAAGAAACAAAGUGAAACAGGAAGGAGAAGUGUGGGAUGACCUUGUUUCUAGCUCCAGUCAGAAUUCUCAUCUAGUGUCAAAGUCCACUCGGUUAUGGGAUUCGAUAAUGGCUCGAAAAGGUCAGCAUGAAGUUCUUGCGUCAGGUCCCAUUGAGGAUUUGAUAGCUCACAGGGAGCAUAGAUAUCGAAUUUCAGGAUCAGCCCUACUUGCAGCGAUGGAUCAGAGUUCUCAAGUUCCUCGUGCAGAAUUACUGUCUGCCCAUUCGGAUGAUUCAUCUCUGUCACUUGCAGAUGACAAAGAACUUAGUGAUGGAUCGUACGCAAACAUGCAUGAGCAUUCUCUUGGAGACAGUUUCGAAACCACCUCACAAGCAAGUGAUGAAACAGUUUCUCGAGUAGAUGAUAGAGGUGGAAGGAUCAACCAGACAGUGGAUGUAGCGGAAAUCAUAAGGCGCUGGACACACGCAUUACAGCGUAUUCACAAACAGUCUCUUCAGCUGGCUAAAGCAAAUGAUGGGGAUGGUCCAGAUAUCUUGCGGACUGCAAAUGAUGGAGGUACAAGUGGGCAUGUUGAAUCAUUGGCUGCAACUUUGACUGAACAUCAACAACAUUUAGCUAGCUUUCAGGUACUCAUCAACCAAUUAAAGGAAGUUUCUCCAGCCAUCCAAAAGUCCAUUUCAGAAUGUACGGAGAAAGUUAAUAGUCUUCCCCCGACCUUACCUCCAGCUACUAGGAGUAACGGGCAAGCAGCUUCACUUCUACAAUCUCAGGGGAGUGGGAGAAUUACGGAAGGUGUGUCCAAUGAUGUUGCUGAGCUGACCUCGGCAAUGUCUAAUGUUCAGCUCGAGAAAGUCUCAGCUAGUCCUACGUUAAAGCUUCCACAGUUAUUUAGCUCCACUCCUACUUCUUCUGGUAAAGGUGGAAAUGCACAAAAGCGACACACAAUGGCUUCUCAGGUCAACAAAAUGGAAAGCUUGUCUGAGAAGAACUCUACAGACCAACCUCUGUCAAAUACUCGAGCAGACAACUUGCCGGCUGAUACCAACACUUGUUUUGUCCAGAACCUGAAGAAAUCUGUAAGGGAAGCUGCUCUAUUGAUUCCUUCCUCAGCAGGAUCAUCACGAGACAGUCAAUCUGAUGAGGGCUCCGAGCAUUAUUUCGUACCUCUUUCAGCAGCCGGCUUUUCCCGUUUUCCAUCAGAAACCAAAGGCCUGCCUCUCAAAGGGUCUACGAGGCUACUUACAAGCGAGCCUUCGUUUCUCGAACCCAAUGGUCAGGAUAACCAUGCGCCAAGCAAGUACAGCGAUAUACCUGACACGUUUGAUGAUUUAGAUUCGUUCAAAGAUUAUGAUAACGGGAACGGGUUUCUCUCAGUUGCUGGAUCAAACAGUGUAACAUCCGAUGCACAACAAUCGUUUUACGAUGUUGAAGAUCAAGUCUUUUCCCCACCUCUACUAAUGGACUCGACUCUAUUAUCAGAUACCUAUGAAGACUUGUUAGCUCCUUUGUCAGAAACCGAGGCUGCUUUAAUGGAGCAUUAGGAUGAAGAAGCCCUGAAUCAGACAGAGACGAUGACACAUAUGUUUGUUUGAUGAGGAUGAUAUGACUUCGUUUGUGUGUUAGUGUGUGUGUAAAAAACCUCUAAGCUCAGGUAGAAGCAUCGGUCUCUAAUGUUUGGUUUUCCAAAAAAAUAUUACAGAUUGAUCCUUUUGUUUUAACUUUUUAGUUGUAAAGUAAAGAAAAUAGUGAAAGAAGAGUUUGAUC